AUGGCGAUGUCUUCAGAGUUGGGAGCAGCGAUUGAGGACGAGAACCUUCAUUUCUCUCUGCGGGAUGCGGCUUCUUUCAGGCAGCCGGGCCAGAUUUCUGCGGUGCAAAAGAUGAUUUCCGCAUGUCUGGGCUCAUUAGUAACCUCCUUUGCGGUGACGCCAUUUGACGUCGUCAGGAUCCGAAUACAGCAGCAGGAAAUCAUGCAAACAGACCGGAAUUGCUGCAAGGCGCCAUCGGUUGCACCUGCCUCUGCGGCCCGCUCAGUCACGUCGACACCCCCGGGAGUUUUCUGGAUCAACAAGCCAUACUGCGAAUCGUCCAAGACUUGUCCCAAGAUUACUUCCACAUUCCAGGGCAUGGUGGUGAUCAGCCGAAACGAGGGCCUCUCGGUUUUAUGGCGCGGGCUUUCGCUAACGUUGCUCAUGGCCAUACCGUCCAAUAUCAUCUAUUUCACCGGAUACGAAUACAUCAAAGACAUCUCCCCGCUACGCGACCAUCCACUCAACUAUCUCUUGUGUGGAAUGUUUGCACGGACCAUGUCGGCCACCGUUGUGUCUCCGAUCGAGCUUCUAAAAACGCGGCUCCAGUCCAUUCCCUCCGAUUCACACGGGAACAAUCCCCGAAGCAAACUCAUCAGCUCCCUACUAAAAGACUCGGCCGCGGCCUUCAAGAAAAACGGCUACGGCUCGAUGUUCACCGGCCUUCAGAUCACCCUCUGGAGAGACGUGCCCUUUCUGGGCAUCUACUGGCUGUGCUAUGAGUUUUUCAAAGAGCGUUUCAGUGCAAGCUUGGGCGUGGACUUCGACAAUAAUCACGUCAAGCAGGACGACUGGAAGGUGUUUGCCACGAGUUUCGUGUCAGGGUCCUUGAGUGGCGUGAUCUCGGCGUUCUUCACAAACCCGUUUGACGUGGGCAAAACCAGACUCCAAAUAGCCACCCAGAAGGAGCCCAAAACGAAGGCGUCGAUGUUCCAGUUCCUCUCGCACAUAUACAAGAUCGAGGGAGCCGGGGCGCUCUACAGUGGCUUUGCUCCACGCGUCAUGAAGAUCGCCCCGCUGUGCGCCAUCAUGAUAUCGUCGUACGAGAUCGGCAAGAAGAUUUUCAAGGACAACCUGUAA